CUGAGUUUGUACUUUCACUUUACGGGGCGGUGUGUCGCUUUGCACCCUCGACUACAACAAAAACAGAGCGCAAACCUUGACUUUAAAGACGUGUUUGAUGGACUCGCACGGGUAAAGGUAUAAUUUCGCCGGCUCAGCCUUCUUACCCAAACACUAUAUAAGAAAACGAACCGUAAACAACACGGUUUAGCUAACUCAGGAGCAACAAUGUUCUGACAUUACGUUACUGUCAUCUGCUGACUCUGGCCUCCUGAACAGCUGAGGUCCCUUGCAGACUACCUCUGGUGCCCAGUGGCUGCAGCAGACCUAACACUAUGGACCGGGCUGCAUUCAGACAGAGCCAACUCUGCGGCUCCUGGGAGAUGAAGGAGAGACUGGGAAUGGGAGGCUUUGGGCACGUCUACCUGUACCAGCACCUUGAGCUGGGAACGAAAAUUGCUGUGAAACUUUGCCGCCUGGAGCUGAACUCCACGAACAAGGACCGCUGGAGCAGAGAGAUUCAGAUCAUGAAGAAGCUGAAUCAUGUAAACGUUGUUCAGGCGAGAGAAGUUCCUGAAGAGUUAAGCUCCAUUGCUAUAAAUGACCUACCGCUGCUGGCCAUGGAGUACUGUUCAAAAGGAGAUCUACGCAAGGUGCUGAAUAAACCUGAAAAUUGCUGUGGGCUAAAGGAGAGUGAGGUCCUCUCGCUCUUCAGUGACAUCGGUUCUGGCAUCCAGUAUCUCCAUGAAAAUAAGGUCAUUCAUCGGGACCUAAAGCCAGAAAACAUAGUUUUACAAGAGAUCGAUGGGAAGCUUGUCCAUAAAAUCAUAGAUCUGGGUUAUGCAAAAGACCUCGAUCAGGGCAGUCUCUGCACGUCCUUUGUUGGAACUCUUCAGUAUCUGGCUCCAGAACUGUUUGAGAGUAAACCUUACACUGUAACUGUGGACUACUGGAGCUUUGGGACAGUGAUCUUUGAAUGCACUUGUGGCUUUCGUCCUUUCCUGCACCACAUGCAGCCUGUACAGUGGACGAGCAAAGUCAAGAACAAAGGUCCCAAAGACAUCAUGGCGGUAGAGGACAUGAAUGGAGAAGUCCGAUUCUCCACACAUCUUCCGUAUCCCAAUAAUCUCAGCAGGCCCCUGCUGGAACCAGUGGAGUCUCUGUUGCAGAUGUUGUUACUCUGGGACCCUGCGAUGCGCGGUGGAGGGCUGGAUCCCAACACAAACAAGCCGCACUACUACACCAUUCUGCAGAAUAUUCUCAGCAUGAAGGUCAUCCAUAUUUUGGACAUGACGUCAGCCCAGCUGCACUCGCUGGUUUUGGGUGCUGAGGAGAGUCUACACUCCCUGCAGCUCCGUCUGGAAACGCACACUCAGACACACAUCUCCCCGUUGAGUCAGGAGCUGCUGCUCGAGACGGGAAACUCUCUCGACCCACGCAGACUGCCUGCGCACUGUCUGCCAGAUGGCUUGCGUGGCUGGGACACCUCCAUAGUCUUCCUGUUCGAUAAGAGCCUAACCAAGUAUUCUGGACCGCUGACUGCCAGACCUCUGCCAGACAGUGUCAACUUUAUAGUCAGGGAAACUAAGACGCAGCUGCCGCUGUCUGCUCUUAGAAAGGUGUGGGGUGAGGCAGUCAGCUAUAUAGGUGGACUGAAAGAGGACUACAUUCGCCUGUACCAGGGGCAGAAGGCUGCUAUGCUGAGUCUGCUGCGAUACAACACCACCUUAACUCGCUACAAGAACCUGUUGUUCUCGCAGUCGCAGCAGCUCAGAGCCAAACUGGCUUUCUUUAAGGCCAGCAUCCAGCACGACCUCGAGCAGUACAUCAACCAGAGACACACUGGCAUCUCAUCAGAAAAAAUGUUGAAGACGUGGCAAGAAAAUGAAGAAAAGGCUGAUGAGUUUACAAAGGUGGCAGACGUGGGGUAUCUGGAUGAAGAGAUAGUGGCUCUACAUUCUGAGAUCGUGGAGUUGCAGAGGAGUCCGUUUGCAAAGAGACAGGGAGAUGUGAUGGAACAGCUUGAAGGAAAGGCUAUUGACCUCUACAAGCAACUUAAGGCUAAAUGCAAAAGUCCUGACCCUCCUCAUGGCUACAGUGACAGCUCGGACAUGGUGAAGACGAUACUGCAGACAGUUCAGAACCAGGACAGAGUGCUGAAAGACUUGUACACUCACCUGAGUACAAUUCUAGUGUGUAAGCGACGCAUCGUGGAUUUGUUUCCUAAAUUGGAGAGGGCGGUAGAGAAUAUAAAAACUGCAGAGGCAGCAGUGAUGCAGAUGCAAAUGAAGAGACAGAAGGAGUUCUGGUAUCUGCUAAAGAUUGCAUGUGCCCAGAGCAAUUCUCCAUUACAGUCACUUAUUCAACCCACUGACAGUCAAACGGUUCAUCAGUUACUGGAUGAAAAUCAGCGUUAUCUGAGUCAGCUCACUUCUCUGCUGCAAGACGCCACGCAGGAGAUGGAACACAGUGUCAUGGAUCAGGACUGGAGCUGGACUCAGUAUGAAGCAGGGACAUCGUAAUCUCCGAAGAUGUAGAAGCUUGCCAAAGACUUUGCAUUGUAAAAGGUGCCUUAUCAGAGUUACACUAUCUGAAAGCUUUGUAAUUCCAUUUAUAUGUAUGUGAUGCUGACAGUAAUGUAUGAAACAGCACGAUGUGGUAAGCUAUUCAUGUUUUAACUUAAAAAUAUAUCACUGAAUGUUGAGAGGUAUUUCCAGCUGUAGCCACGAUGUAUUUAUUUUAGAGGUAAUAUUGAGUGGAGUACAACAUUGCUGCUGAUAAACUAUGCAUGAUGGAAUGUGAAUAAAUUUUUAUAAAUGUAUGGCACAUA